CAUUCUGGCACGCAUGCGCGGGGCGGCGGCGGCAGGUCUGAGCGCGCCCUGGCACGCUGGCCGCGCCGGCGCCCGGGAGCUCGGCAUGGCGGCCGCCGCGGCGGCCGUGGGGCCCUCGGCGCUGGGCCCCGGCGGGCCGGGCUCCCUGGCGCCCUGGUGCUCGGUGAGCAGCGGCCCGACGCGCUACGUGCUGGGCAUGCAGGAGCUGUUCCGCGGCCACAGCAAGACGCGCGAGUUCCCGGCACACAGCGCCAAGGUGCACUCGGUGGCCUGGAGCUGCGACGGCCGCCGCCUGGCCUCGGGCUCCUUCGACAAGACGGCCAGCGUGUUCCUGCUGGAGAAGGACCGGCUGGUUAAAGAAAACAAUUACCGGGGGCACGGGGACAGCGUGGACCAGCUUUGUUGGCACCCCAGCAACCCGGACCUCUUUGUCACCGCGUCCGGGGACAAAACCAUCCGCAUCUGGGACGUGAGGACCACGAAGUGCAUCGCCACUGUGAACACCAAAGGGGAGAACAUUAACAUCUGCUGGAGCCCCGACGGGCAGACCAUCGCCGUGGGCAACAAGGACGACGUGGUGACCUUUAUUGACGCCAAGACUCACCGCUCCAAGGCGGAGGAGCAGUUCAAGUUUGAGGUCAACGAGAUCUCCUGGAACAACGACAACAACAUGUUCUUCCUGACCAACGGCAACGGCUGCAUCAACAUCCUCAGCUACCCCGAGCUGAAGCCCGUGCAGUCUAUCAAUGCCCACCCUUCCAACUGCAUCUGUAUCAAGUUCGACCCCACGGGGAAGUACUUUGCCACAGGCAGCGCAGACGCCCUGGUCAGCCUCUGGGACGUGGACGAGUUAGUGUGCGUUCGCUGCUUCUCCAGACUGGACUGGCCUGUGAGGACGCUCAGUUUUAGCCACGAUGGGAAAAUGCUGGCGUCAGCAUCAGAAGAUCACUUCAUUGACAUAUCUGAGGUGGAGACAGGAGACAAGCUGUGGGAGGUGCAGUGUGAGUCUCCGACCUUCACUGUGGCCUGGCACCCCAAGCGACCUCUGCUGGCCUUUGCCUGCGAUGACAAGGAUGGCAAAUACGACAGCAGCCGGGAAGCGGGGACUGUGAAGCUGUUUGGGCUUCCAAAUGACUCCUGAGAGGAGGCCCCUGACGAGGUCUGCCCACCCGCCGCGGGGCAGUGGUCUGGCCAGGCCUGGAGCCGCCGGGCACCGGAGUACAUUGGUACAUGUUGCAGAAGGCUCUUGUGUGACUGCCCCCUCCCCGCCCCCUCCCUCCCUGUCCCCACAUGAGGGCUGUGCCAGUUGGAUGGGGACCCCUGGUGCUUUGGGGCCCUCUUGUCCUUUGUGCCUUGGGGGGGUUCAGGGCUCGAGGACCUGAUUUGGAAGGACGGGUGAGGGAGGGAGGGCGAGGUGGAACUUUCUAUAAUUAAAGAGAAACUUCUGCUUUUGAGAA